CUCUUUAUAUUCAUCCAAUCGCAUCUCUCUCUCCGGCAAAAACAAGAAAGUUUCAUUACCAUGUAUCCAACCUCCACCGGAGAUCAUUCCAACACCAUCAAUGCUAGCGGCAGCAACGGCGGAGGUGGAGGCAUAGGCCUCGCUCGCUACCGCUCUGCACCGGUCUCCUUCUUAAACACCACCGUUGACUCAGUCAUAAAUGGAGAAAACGGUCAACAAAAUACCGCCAGUAACCACAUGGUUAACGGUAACAGUAACAGUAACAGAACACCUACGCGGUUCUUCUCACCUCCUGAUACGACGUCGUCUCAGGUCUCGGAGCGCCCACAAACGACGUCAUUUCGGUUAAAUGAGUUUGCAACGGCUUUUAACGGCAUGAAAAGUGCGAAUCAGUCUCCGUCGCCGUUAUUCCGGCAUGGUAGCUCUCCGGCCGGUUUUCUUAACACUCUUGUGUCUUCUACUCCCGCCGAUGUAAGGGGGUCAAGAUUAAGUUCUCAAAUCAGUUUCGCAGGAUCAAGCUCAUUUUCCCAAAUAUCUGAAGAAACGAAUGUUACCAAUCCCCUUGUGUUUUCCUCCUCCUCAUCACAUAACAAAAGAGCUAAGAAUGACAUGAAUGGUCUCAAUAUCAUGGAGUCAGAGUUUAAUUUUGGAUUAUCAGAAUCUGGUCUAGAUGCUGCCACAAUGGACCUUCCUCAUGAUUCGGUCCCUUGUAAAAUACGUGCCAAGCGUGGCUGCGCUACUCAUCCUCGAAGCAUUGCAGAAAGAGAAAGAAGAACAAGAAUAAGUGGGAAAUUGAAGAAGUUGCAAGAUCUUGUUCCAAAUAUGGAUAAGCAAACAAGCUAUUCAGACAUGUUGGAUUUGGCAGUACAACACAUAAAAGGUCUUCAAACUCACGUUCAGAGCCUAAAAAAGGAACUUCAAAAUUGCUCUUGUGGAUGCAAACCAGCAAAUUGAAAAUUGUUUGAUACUUGAAGAAGGGAAGUCUUGUAGGGUUACGGUAACAAUAGCUUGACGUUGAUAUUAACAAUCCAUCCAUAAGAGAGCCUCAUUAUACACAUUGAUCGAACCAUAUGAAGCGUACAUUAAAAGAAAGCGAAAUCAUCUCAGGGUUCAGUUUACUUGUUUUGUAUUUUUUUUUUUUUUUUUUUUUUGGGUAUUUUUCAAGUACACAUCUUGUUCAUGUUUGGGACAAAUACUGAUGUAAUUACAGGAUUUUGAUAAAUGUUUGUGUAUUUAUAAAAUUUGCAUUUAAUUCUGAA